UAAAUAGCGAACCGCUUGGUUUUUAAUUACAAUCAAAUCAGUCGUGUUUUGGAUUCCGAUAGCGACAAGUGCGAAUCGCGGCGAAUCGGCUGCGCGCAACAAUAAAUACUUACACCAAUAAUUAUUGGCCAGAUAAGUGCAUAUAUACGCAUAUAUAUUGGCGUGCUGUAAUAACAUAUAAUGGGUGUUACCUGCAUAAUUGAUUUUGAUAACAAUCCCCAUGGCACCUUCUUUGCGGGUCAAGUGGUCACGGGAAAAGUGACUUUAAAAUUGGAUAAGCCAAAACUGGUCAAAGCUGUAACAUUUAACAUAAGUGGAUUUGCCGAAACCCAUUGGACGGAAUCGCGUGGCACUGGCAAGAAUAAGUCCUCGGAUACAUAUAGCGCCCGCGAAGACUAUAUAGCCUCCCAAACCUAUCUGGCAGGCUCGAGCCAAAGCACACAAGUUUCUCUUGAGCCUGGCGUACAUACCUAUAACUUUGCCUGUCAAAUACCCGCGACCUGCCCCUCCUCCAUCGAGGGCCACUACGGCCGAGUGCGCUAUAUGACGAAGGUGGCACUGGUCAGACCCUGGAAAUUUGAUAAUUUCUACACGCGCUGCUUUACGGUGCUCAAAAUUAUGGACCUGAACUAUGACAGUCCGCUCCUAAGGAUGCCCGCACAAGUGGAAACCCAGAAGACCUAUUGCUGCUGGCCGUGCAAAUCGGCGCCCCUGCAGCUGCAACUGUCGCUGCUGCAAACGGGUUUCGUGUGCGGCCAGACCAUACAGGUGGGCAUGCUGGUCACCAACGAGAGCCAUAUACCCGUGGAGCUGCUGCAGGUGAACCUGGCCAUGAUGGUUACCUACUACGCCCAGCAAUUGAGCACCACGCAUUCGCGAAACGAGCGUAUACUCGUGACCAAGAUGAUGGGUGAUCCCGUGCCGCAUCACUGCAAGAAACAGUUCACCUACUGGCUGCGUGUGCCAGCCACGGCGCCCACCUGCUUCAAUCUGUGCAAGAUCAUACAGAUUGCCUACCAGGUGGAGGUGGAGGCCAGGUUCAAGGGCUGCCAUCGCAACGAGGUAAUCACUAUACCCAUCACCCUAGGCAGCGUGCCCCUCUCGGAGCACGCCCACAUGCAACCACGUGGCCUUGAGAGCCAACCACCACAAGCCCUGGAUGCUAAGGCUUUGGCGCCAGCCAGUGCACCACCUGCUGAUGCCAUUGCGCCUUGGUCCGUGGAUGGCAGCAUUCCACCGCCCAAUUACGAGGAGGCUCUUCAUAUGCGCGCAGAGUUCGACAAAAUUAAUAAUAUGGAGCCCACUGCACCACCGAAUACAUUAAGUCUGGAUGAGCAUGGCUUCGCACCACUUUACCCCAUAUUUAAUAUACCAAGUCCCACAGCGCCCAUGGCUAGUACGGAUCAAAAUGGAUUUCCCAAUGCUGAUAUGAACGCUAACAAGGGCGGCACAUGGCUGUGAAUAGAUACACAAAGGAUAUACACCAUAUACAGGCUAUUAUCUAUAAUCUAAGCACAAUCUAGUCUUUAGUCAGGAAUAAAAUGUGCAUAAAAUAAAAAGAAAAUAUACAG